GCACUGUUGCGUUGCCAAGCAAGGUACCAGACUGUCGGGUCCCAGCUAUUCCUUUUCCAUCCGCAGCAAAAAGACUGAGAAUGAAUCAGACGAAAGGGAAAAAGAAAAAAAAGAAAAGAAAAGAAAAGAAAAUCGCGCCCGACCAGUCUUGCUAUUGGGAAAAGCAGCGGUCCCAUUCAAUAAUUAUGAUGCAGGCGCUGCUGAUGCUCGUCGUUCUCCAGCAGUCCUGGGUGGAACAGGCAAUCCAAUCUCUUCCCCCCUCUCUCCCUUUCCCCCGUCUAAAGACUGGGGUUGAUUCCGUUUCCCUCUUUUCCCCCCUCCUCUUGUUCAAGCGCCGUCGGCUGCCGUUUGUACUCCUCUUCCCCUCUAUCCGCUGUCAAGUGCGUGUCGGGUCCCCAUUACCGUCGAUUCCAUUCAGACCAACUGCCACACCCUCACAGCGGUGUUAUCCGAUGUCAUUCGAAUCAUGCAUCGCUCUUCCCCACCCACACCUCUUUUUUUUUGUUCUUUUUAGCCCAGGGUAAAAAGAGUGACUGGCAACUUGGCCUGAUCACAUCCUUCCGGCGCUAAUUAAUUGUGCAUAAUAUCUAAUUGUCGCGCCUAUAUGGAUG